GUAAUCGUAAAUACAACCUGUUUCAAAAUAUUCAAAUUUAAACAAUUUACUUAAUAGUUAAAUAUUUUAUAGUUUCACACACAUAUUUUUAAUACAACUCUUUAUAUUUAACCACGACUGCUCUACUUUAAUUAGCCGUUAAUAUGUCCGCCGACGGGAGUACUAACCCGUUCAAGUAUUUUCUAGCUGGUGGUUUCGGCGGUGUGUGCACGGUGUUAGUGGGUCAUCCAUUAGACACUAUUAAAGUUAGAUUACAAACAAUGCCACCAGCUCAGUUAGGUAAAAUACCUAUUUACAAUGGUGCAUGGGAUUGUGCAGUUAAAACUAUCAAGAGAGAAGGUUUUUUUGGUUUAUAUAAAGGUAUGGCAGCUCCAAUAACUGGUGUAGCUCCAAUAUUUGCCAUUAGUUUCUUAGGGUUUGGACUGGGGAAAAAAAUGUUUUCAUCUACUGGAGAUAAAAAAGAAGACUUAACUCCCUCGCGACUUUUUUGUGCUGGAGCAUUUUCUGGUAUUUUUACAGCAAUCAUAAUGGUGCCCGGAGAACGCAUAAAAUGUAUUUUACAAGUGCAGGAAUUGGGUAACCAAAAAUAUGAUGGCCCAAUCAGUGUUAUUAAAAACUUGUACACUGAAGGUGGAAUAAGAAGCUUGUACAAAGGAACAUGUGCGACAUUACUUAGAGAUAUUCCGGCUUGUGGUGUGUACUUUACUACAUACGAACUAUUAGUGAGGUAUCAAAAAAAUAACAACUCGGAAGGACUCAUAAACACAAUAUUCGCUGGGGGUAUGGCUGGUAUACUGAACUGGUUAAUUGCUAUGCCUGCGGACGUACUCAAGAGUCGUUUACAAAUCGCACCUGAAGGAAUGUACCCGAGAGGCAUUCGAGACGUAUUUGCUAAACUAUACAAAGAAGAAGGACUGAAAGCAUUGUACGCUGGUGUGACGCCUGUUAUGCUCCGAGCAUUCCCUGCAAAUGCCGCGUGUUUCUUGGGCGUAGAGCUAGGGUUAAAGGGCUUAGAUUUUAUUUUCCCUCCGAACAAUAAUAAAUCCAUAGAAAUUAACUAACAGAUAUCCUCAAAUUUCUUAUAACUGAGGUUCAUGAAACAAUUUUAUAAUAGUUAUUUGGUUUUAUAUUUUUUGUUGGGUGGUAUGGGUGAUCGUAUUAUAAUAUUUAUACAGGCUGUGCAUAGCAAAAAUAUGUAUUAUAUAAAAUAUUGCGUUGUAUUAAUUUUAAAGUUAUCUUAAGUUAUACUAUCAAUGAUUGUAUUGUUUUAGGUUCCAAUUGUUUGAAUAUAAUAUACAUAUGUGUAAAUUAA